AUGACGACUUGUUUCAACGGAGCAGGAGUUCUACCUUUGAAAGUGUUCAUCCAAGAGACGCUGAAACGCUCGAGAGCGAGCUAUUCGACCUUGCAGGUCGCGCUCUUUUACCUAGUGCUCCUCAAAGCCCGUCUGCCCGCUGGAGUUCUUGAACAAAACCGCAACUCUCAUGGCGAGUCUCGGGAGAGAGAAUGCCGUGCGCUGCAAUGUGGCCGCCGAAUGUUUCUCUCAGCUCUAAUGCUUGCCUCCAAAUAUUUGCAAGAUCGCAACUACUCAGCGCGUGCUUGGAGUAAGAUAUCAGGCCUUCGCAGCAAUGAGAUCAACGAGAACGAAAGAGAUUAUCUUUAUCUCAUCGACUACAGUCUUCACAUUCCCAAAGAAUCAUUCGACAACUGGAGCAAAAUUGUUAUUGCUCUCAGUAAGCUAUCGAGCAAAGUUCCACAAUGCCGAGCGGACUUCCUGAGUCUAGAUGCUGGUAGUUCAGGAAGUGGUCCGGGCAGUUCCUUGGCUGAUAUGGUUCCAUCGCUUCAUCUGGACGAGGCUCAAGAUCAAACCCUGUUCUCGGACGACUGGUGGACCGAUAUCAUCCAAAAACUUGAUCCUCGAAUGGUCAAGGACGAAACACACACACAAAGCUUUUUGAAGAACUUUGUGCCGGGUUAUCGAGAGUUGUCUACUGACUCUGAGAAGUCAUCAGACAAUGCGGACGAGUCAGCCACCGAGUUGGAUUCCUUGUCUUCGGUCCUGGAUAUCAAUCUUUGUGAGUCUCUGAGAUCGCGGACUACGGAAACAUCAAAGCUCGAGACCCUCCAGACUCCUGUGCAGAUGAGCCCUUUCCGCGCAUCAGCGAUGCCUAGGCAGCCUCAAUUGAGAAACCUUCCUACUCCGCAGAGCACGCCACCAAUUGCGGAUGGCUACCACUCAUCUACGCCUAGCAACAGGCCUUCUUUAAGAUGUUCUGCUUCGGUGGAUGCUCUCCGAAGUAUGCGUCGGCAAUGUAUGAUGAACGCAAACCUAGAUCGAUGCCCUCCACCCCGUUCACAGCCGUUCGUUUUACCUAUGAGGUCUUGGACGCGUCCUGCAGAGACGACCCAAGACUAUCCUAGUAGGUCGACGACACCCUCUGUGUCCUCCCCGGCAUCAGUUGCAUCUGAUAUGAGUUCCUGCACAUCAAGAUCACGGUCUUCAUCCAUAUCCUCAACUUCUUCGUGGUCAACAGCCUCAACGCUUCCUCGAAUUCGAGAAGCUGGUGCAGGCCAAUUCAACUCACCGCUUGCACACAUGUCAACGCUGUCCAGUAGGCCUGGCACUUUUCUCUCGAGGAACAAGUGUGAUAGGUCUGCCACAAGUCUUCAUGACGAAGGCUACGGCAGCAGUGAAGAGCCUCUGACAAAACUUUCGGACAGCAACUCGCCAUCUGGCCUCGAAGCCAAUGCUGUACGCGUUUUGUUGUCUCUGUCCUCGCAAUUGGAUACAUCGAGUCAGAGUGUUACCCCUACACCUCAGAACUACGACGCUCCCAGCAAGGAGGCUCUUGGUCAAUUACCAAGAGGCCAUAAGCGAACUCUGUCCAGCUCGGAAUGUGUUCAGAAUUACGUACGCUAUCUUCUCCGAGGGGAUUCUGGCACUCGCCGUACACCCGAAGUGGUCGAUGAUUCAAUGCGACCUUGUCCUGAUGCCACACCAAGGCAGAGGCAAGAGGGCACCAAGUUCUGGGCCGCUCCUAGAAUGGCGAUGCCGAACAUGAAUGAUAGUAAGCGGAUGGCACUUCACUGUGCUUCUGCUCCAGAUCUUGCAUCACAAUAUGUCCGACAGCAUGUCUCGAUGACAGCGUCCUAG